CUGUAGUGCCUAAUGGCGGCCUGCACGAUUUUCGCGACAAGAUAAAUUUUGUGUAAAUAGACAUUUAUGUUUCUUAGUAAUCGAUCAGGAUGAAUCAGAAUAACACCGUUCUAGUUUUAGAGACUCUUCGAAAUGCAGCUAGCCAAAAUGCCGAUCAACUCAAACCAGCAGAACAACAGCUCAAAUGCUGGGAGACAGAGAAGUGGUUUUAUUCAGCUUUGUUGACAAUUUUUUCAGACCGCACCUUAGACGUUAACGUACGUUGGUUAGCAGUACUGUACAUAAAAAAUGGCAUCGAACGGUACUGGAGGAAGAAUGCAACAAAUGCCAUAUCAGAAGAAGAGAAAAAAGUACUUAGGGAAAAGAUGAUAUCGAACUUCACGGAACCCAUAGAUCAGUUGGCCCUGCAAGUGGCUGUCCUUGUGUCCAAAGUUGCCAGGUUUGACUGCCCAAACGAUUGGCCAGAACUAGUCCCCACAUUAUUGGAAGUCGUCAGGAGUCCUGAGGAUUUGACGCAGCAGCGAGGCCUCCUGGUGUUGCAUCACGUGACGAAGGCCCUGUCCUCCAAGCGCCUCGCUGGAGAUCGCCGGAUAUUUCAGGAACUGACGAACAACAUCUUUGGGUUCAUUCUGCAACUGUGGACAGUGCAAACGGAGGUAUUCUUAACGCAAAUGUCGGGAAAUCAGAACAACCUUAAUAUGGUGCUUGGAAAGUCGCUGCUGUGCUUGAAAGUUUUGAGAAAACUUGUUGUGCACGGAUUCAAAGAGCCUGGUCGCGUUCCCGAAGCCACACAUUUUCUGUCGCUAGUCUUCCGGUGGAUGAAACCCAUGCUAGAAUGCAGAAAAUCUUUGAGUUGCAAUUCACAUCUGCAGCAGAUCUGUGAGAAGUAUGUAAUCUUGUUGACCAAAGUGUUGCAUGAUGUCCUGGAGAUCCAUCCAUUCUCCUACAUACCAUUUAUCAAGCCCUCUCUAGAGACAUCUGUUUCACUCUGUUUUACGGAAGCUGGAGAAGGUCUUUUGUUUGAGAGGUUCACAGUUCAGUCACUAAACCUUAUCAAGGCCAUUAUAUCAUGUGCAGAGUAUCGUCCCUGCAAAAUCCCUGAAGAAACACGAGACCCUGCAACACUUCAAGCUGAUAAGCUGAAAAUGGAAUUCUUCACGCUUUCCACAGUGGCGGAAAUGUGUCGACGACUAGUUCUUCAUUAUUUUCUCUUAGGAGUAGACGAGCUGGCAAUCUGGGAGAGUGAUCCUGAGGGCUUUGCAUCGGACGGUGGAGGUGAAGCGUGGAAAUUCAGCUUGAGGCCAUGCACAGAAUGUCUCUUUUUAACAAUCGUCCACGAGUUUCGAGAAUCCCUCAUUCCCUUGCUCAUGGAGCUUGUUCAGAGUAUACAGCCUCCUGCAGGUGCUAUCAGUUUCCAGGCAAUUCUCAACAGAGAUGCAGUGUACAGUGCUGUGGGCCUAGCAGCUUUCGAAUUGCACGACGAACUGGAUUUUGAUAACUGGCUCCUCCAAGUUCUUUUGCCCGAACUGAAGGUGUCAGAAGCGAGCUAUCGCAUUGUGCGGAGACGUGUCGUGUGGCUCAUGGGACAGUGGGUCGGCGUCAGAUUCUCCAAAGAACUUAAAGUUAUCCUGUACAAAACACUUAUUGAAUCCUUAGACCCAUCGGAAGACCUUGUUGUUCGACUGACAGCAGCGAGCGCCGUCAAAGCAGCAGUAGAUGAUUUUGAAUUCAGCAUAGAAGAGUUUUUGCCUUACUUGGAAUCUUAUGUGUCUCUUCUCUACAAGCUUCUUCAGCAAGUAAACGAAUGUGAUACCAAGAUAACAGUUCUUCAUGUGACAUCCUUCAUUAUUGAACGUGUUGGAAGCCACAUCCUUCCCUAUGCAAACGACCUUGUGCAUUACUUGCCUCUUCUCUGGGAAACAGCUGGGGACCAUAACCUCUUAAGAUGUGCCAUUGUGACAACGCUAGUUAGGGUGGUCGAGGGCCUAGGUGCACAUAGUGAGAAGUUGCAUGGAUUUCUGCUCCCCGUUGUCGCGUUUGGCACAGAUGUGAGGCAGGCGCCUCACGUUUAUCUCAUGGAAGAUUGCCUGGACCUCUGGUGGGCAAUCCUCAAUAAUUCCCGAGCAUCAUCUCCGGAGCUCUUACAGCUUGCCCAAUAUCUUUUUCCACUUUUUGAGCUGGGUUCUGAAAAUCUAAAGCUUUGCUUCCAAAUAGUGCAGGCAUAUGUCCUGCUGUUUCCCAAGGAAUUCUUACAGGCAUAUGGUGAGCGACUUGUCAAAGCAACUACAGACUUGAUUGUGGAUUUGAAUCGUGAAGGGAUACUCAUGAUUAUGCGGAUGGUGGAGCUCGUGAUUCGAGUUUUUCCAGAAGAGGGUCCGCAGCUUUUCUACCCGAUGUUGGUCCACGCACUCAAAGAGGCCCUGGAAGGAGAGAAUGCCUCUAUGCUGAUGUCAGUGUGCCUGUCCAUCGUCGCUCGGGUGAUUCUCCACUCUAAAUCCUGCUUUAGUAAAGUGCUGCAGGAUGAAGCACAAAGCCGAGGGCAUGAGGUAGUAGAAAUAGUUUUUGGCAGCCUACUGGACAGGUGGGUUGAAAAAAUGCCCUUGGUGAAUCCCGUAGAGCGAGAAAAGCUUUUGGCCCUCACGUUGGCCUCAAUACUCACCUCCAAUUCCAAAGCGGUGUACGAUCGAAUCUGUGGAAUUCUGCUAGCUAUUGUAGAAGUUUUGAAUGAUGUUACAAAGUCUGACAACCUUGGUGCACAAGUGGAUUCGCUGGUGUUGACUGAUUCAGAACCACCACAGCCUGACGAGGAAGACAGUGAACACGAUCGUCGAAAAAUCGAGUUGUCGAGACAAGACCCUGUGCACACGGUUGUUCUGAAAGACUUCCUCUGUUCCCAACUCAAUGCACUACGAGAAUCUCUCGGAGAACAAAACUUCGAAGAGCUUAUGGGCCAGGUUGAUGUUGAAACGAUGCAGCAGCUCAAGUUCUACCUUGAAGGGCCAGGACAACCUACACCACGGCCAAUCAACGGGGCUGGAGGGAACAUAGCUCGUGUCUCAAACUCCGGGAUAGCUUGAUUCUACCUCGUUUCUGUUCUUUUACUUGAGAUUUGUCAAGAGCACUUGGGGAGACUGGGUUGGCCACCCACUUUUAGAUUUGUUUUAAGGAAAGUGUCAAACGGCGGCUCAUAUGGAAGGUUUGGGUAAUAAGAGGCGUUAUCAAAGUGAUGCAAUAUGUUGCUUUAUUCCGAGGUUGUUUUGUUGGGGAUGUCGGUGUUUUAAUGCUACGUACCAAAUGUUGAUUUUGCUCCGAAGCUGCUGAGUGUGCGUCGGACAUGAGGACAUGGUUGAAUUGAAUGGCUCUUACCGUCUUGCUGCAUGUAGCGUAGUAUACCUGGAUUUCUGCUGAAUUGAGGUACCGUCAUUAAAUUUUGCGUGCAGGUUAAUAGUUUCCACGCAGUGAUAGGAAGCUCUAUGUUUAUCAAACCGGAAAUGUCUGGAACGAGAGUUUUGUGUCCAAAGCGGACACAAAUUUGACCUUUGAGACUAUGUGAGACCUCUCAAGCGUUGGCUCGUGUUCUCGUGGCAGCAAAAUGUUGAUGCAUUUUGGGUUAUCUCUUUGCACACAAGUACUGCUCUUUUCAUAUAGUUUCUACAUAGGAUGUGGAAAGCAACCAUUUUCAUUAUUCUUCAACUGAGAACUUGUACUAAAGUUCCGCAAAUCUGAUUUCGGACAAGCGACACGUCGUAAAUGACAAAUUGCCAAAGUACUGUGAACUGCACAACCUUGCAAUCCUUUCUGUUGGUGCUUGUAUGAAUGUUCUGUACAGCUCUUAUUUUUUUGCUUCACAUUGUUGCAGUCGUCCUGACAGCUCGACCUGCUCACGAGCUAAUCGAGCAGCAGUCGCAUAGUACUCUUGUUGCCAAAUACAAGUGCAGCAUGUGUUUUAUUGUACUAAUUUGUUUCUCAGAAAUAGCCAAAAGGAGUUUUUGGAUCCUGUUAAUAAAUGUAAGUUGGCAAUAUUUUGCAUUUUUAUGUCAGUUUUUUUUUUUUCUCGCCUUGCAAACCCUGUUGUAGUUGGCACUGUGUUACCACAAAUCUUCAAUAACUACAAAUGUCUGCCCAAAUCAGGUGUAUAGUGAUAUGGAAGUGCUUCGCUCAGGAAAAUUAUAGGUAAUGCUGUAUUUUGUUAUGUCUUAGCAGGCUUUCUCUUUAGUUUCAUGCAGAUUUGUUUAUUUGUUCGAAGUGAUGCAAAAGUGAUUUAUUAAAAUGUGAUAAAUAUA